AUUUUUGAGUCAUUCAGUUUUAGUUUUAAUUUUGUGGCGGGAAGAUGGAUGAUUGACUUCCUAAACUUCCAAGAAGAUCAAAAGAAUUGGCUUCAAUAGGGCUGGAAUCCUUAAUUUAAACUAAUAUCAUACUUAGCUUUUGAAAAAUGCCCACCUCCGAACACGAGUAUGCUUUCACAUUCGAUUUUAAUGAGAAAUUCAUUGGAAUGCCCUAUGACAGGGACUUUGAGCUAAUGUGGCAGCAGAUCGGCGAAGAGUUGAGAGCCAAACAUAGCCGGUUUCUGGGCAUGCCCUAUGACAGCGGCUUCGAACGGAUGUGGCGCCAAAUCCGGCAGGAACUGAAAAGCGAACAGGAAGUCACCAAGUUUGCCCUCCGAUUUCAGAGGAAGCUAACCAUUACCACACAUCAGAGAUAAUGAUGUCGG